AUGUCCGUGCAAAAAAAUAUAAUUUUCAAAUGGCGCAAAAUUGAAAAUUCUUCUGGCCAUUCGCCGAAAGCUCGACAUGGGCAUCGCGCGAUUACCAUCAAGAAUAUGAUGCUAAUAUUCGGCGGUGGCAAUGAUGGCAUUAUCGAUGAAUUUCAUGUUUAUAUGCCCUAUGAAAAUAAGUGGAUAUGGCCUAAGAUGACGGGCGAUAUACCACUGGGUGUUGCCGCUUUUGGAAUGACAAAUAAUGUCACUAAUGUUUUUUUAUUCGGUGGAAUGUUAGAGUUUGGGCGAUAUUCUGCAUCAUUAUACGAAUUGAAACUGAACAAUUGGGAAUGGAAAAAAAUCAUACCUUUUGUGGAAAAAAAUCAGGAGUCUCCUUGUGCACGACUUGGCCAUUCAUUUGUUAUGCAUACAUCUGGACAACAGAUUUUUCUCUUCGGUGGAAUGUUUAAUCAAAAUGAAGAUGAUCCGCUUAAUCAUAAUCCUAAAUAUUUAAAUGAUCUUUACGUUCUAGACAUUGGUAAAGGUUCGAGCAAUUAUAAAUGGUCGAUUCCGGUAACUAAAGGCCAUUCGCCUAGUCCAAGAGAAUCACAUACAGCAAUCAUGCACAAACAUCAAACGACUGGUCAUGAUUGGAUGCUCAUAUACGGUGGUAUGGAUAAUAAUCGCUUAGGCGAUGUCUGGAUUUUGGACCUAAACACAAUGUCAUGGAGUUCGCCACAAAUCACUGGUAUUGCACCAGCACCUCGUUCAUUGCAUACAGCCAAUGUUGUUAACAACCAAAUGUAUAUAUUUGGUGGUUGGACUUUAAUGGACAAGUCAAUUAACAAUCCUACAGAUUCAACAGAUUCAGAAUCCAACAAAAUGAAAGAAUGUUGGAAAUGUUCGAAUACAUUGGCUAUAUUGAAUCUGGAUCAUUUAAAUUGGAUAACACCGAAGAUUGAUGAAAGUGAUGUUAGUGAUUCAAUUCCAAAGCCUCGAGCUGGCCAUUCAUCAACCCUUAUUGGCUCACGGCUUUAUAUAUGGUCAGGUCGAGAUGGCUAUCGAAAAUCUUGGAAUAAUCAAGUUUGUUGUCGUGAUCUUUGGUAUGUUGAUCUGGAUGUUCCGACUGCACCAAAAAAUCUUCAAUUAAUAAAAUCAACAUUUGAUUCGCUUUUAUUGACUGUCGAUCCUGAUAUAAAUACUGAACGUUAUUUGGUUCAAAUUAAACGUAUUUCACAGGUCGCUCAUAAAACACAAUCGAUUCCAAACAUUAAGCAAUCUCCUUUAUUGCCGCAAUCAAUAGCGACAGCAACAUCCUCAUCAAAUCAGCAACCUACAAAUCAUCCAAUAACUACAUCAUCUACAAAUCAAGUUGUCAUUGGGAAAAAAAUUGUCGUCAAAAUUUUUGAUAAGAAAAAUGGAAAAUUCACUGAAACACCGGUAGAAUGUUUUCCCGAAAUUAAACAAGUUCUGGAACGUAAUAAUGGAAAAAUAACUCCUCAGGAAUUAUUAGUUAUGGUCAAAAAUCAUCUUGCAUCAAAAAAUACAGCUAAUUCCACAACAACAGCAGCAGCGACAGCUUCGACCUCAACCUCUGCUUCAGUCAAUACAAAUAAAUCAUCGACAAUGACAACAUUGUUACCAACACCUCUACCUCCUACUUCUUCUUUAUCAUCCACAAACAAUAUGAAUACCAAAAUUGAUGAAAACGAAAAUCGACGAGAUUCGAUUGAUAAAACUAAGUCACUGGAAACGACAAAGAUUCCUCAAAGCGAUGGACCCGAUGAUAGUGAAAUGCCUAAUACUUUAACAACAUCCACUACGCCCGUCAUUGAGGAAAUUUGGCACGAUGUUGGUUUAUUUCGCAAACCAUCGUUUAAUAUUGAACAUUAUUUUGUGCCAAAAAAUCCCGAAAAACUAACAACUCAUAAUCGUAUCGAUAAAGAAUAUGAUUCAACGCAAUUCAAACAAGUAAAAUUAGAACCGGCUACUCGCUAUAAAAUUCGUGUAGCUGGUUUCAAUGCACAAGGAUUAGGGUCAUGGUGUGAAGGACCGAUACUUGGUCAUUUUCAAACCUGUGCCGCACAUUUGCCACCUGCUCCAAGUAAUGUACAAAUUUAUCGUGUAUCAGAAGGAAUACAUAUAUCAUGGCAUAAUUCGACCUCAUCAAACUCAUCAAAUGAAAUUAUUGAACAAUCUGUGUUCAUGGCUGUUGAUAAGGAAAAAGUACCGAACAAAAACGAACUACAAGAUCAACCAUUUUUAAAAGUUUAUGAAGGUAAACAGAAUCAUUGUAUUAUUAGCGAACAAUUGAUUAAAAUGGCAAAUAUUCAAUCUGAACCAAAACCGGCCAUUAUAUUUCGAAUCGCUUCACAAAAUCGACAUGGUUAUGGUCCAGGAACACAAAUACGUUGGCUUUUUGAAGAAUUAGGCAUACCGGAAACAUUGACUUAAAAUAUGGCCAUGUAGAUGGUGCAAAAAAAUGACAAUGAUAAUGAACGAAUAUUGUGUCUUGUCACCGAAUUUGAUUUCCUCAUGAUUCAUGGUUAUGUUAGUUUUUA